AUGAGUUCAUUCUGGAAAGACUCUUUGCGCUUUUCCCAAGGGAGUCCUCCACUUGCAGAAGGUGUAAACCCUACUCGACCACGUGGGAGAUGCACCAACUUUCUGGAGUUUCUCGCCGUGAUGUUCUCGGAUGCGGAAGGCAGAAAGAUUGGGAUGCAUCCAGUUAUGACGAGCUCUUCGCCAACCUUUUCAGACGUCAGCAUGGGGGUCGUUUACCACGAUACUGGAAGCCCUACGUGUCCUCGAAUCAACCCAGCUCUGGUGGUGGAAUACGCGGAACUAGGCAACCUGAAGUCGUUCCAGGCAGAUGGCCUUGGUCGUGACAUCGUUGACAAGUUCGAUAUUUGUCAUGACAUCGCUGAAGGUCUAUGCUGCCUUCAUCAAUGCGGCGUCAUCCAUGGAGAUAUCAAAAACACGAAUAUCCUGAUGUGCAAGCAUAAAACUCGCAACUUCGUAGCCAAGGUCUCCGACUUUGGCUUUGCCAUCUCCGUUCACGAUGAAAAUCCACGCCUCGUUGGUCAUACCUUCUAUCUGGAGGCACCGGAAGCCAAAUCACCGCUGCAACCAAAGCACUUAGUGCAGCUUGAUAUUUACUCAUACGGUCUCCUGCUUUACACUGUGAUGAAGAACGGAACAAUGUUUUAUGACAGCAUACCAGUAGAUGGUCGUUCAGAGAAUGUUGCGAAGAUGAAGAAUUCUAAUCUCUUGCCUGCCCUUUUACAAGCGAAUCUGCUCCAGACUAUGGACCGCGACAAGUGUCUUCUCCUGUUGUUCUGCAAAGUCUUAGCUUACUGCCUGCGUACAAACCCGGCCGACCGGUUUGGUAACAUGCGCGACGUUCUGGACCAUCUGAAAUGGGCGAAUCCACGAGAUUUGGAUCUAUCAUUGCAUCGCAACGAAGAUCUGUACAAGGUUUUGCGGCUUCCAACGUCUCUCUAUACAGAAUCCAAAGACCGUAUACUAAAGGCAUUCAACCAACAGCUAGAUAAAUACUGUGAAGAUACCAAGCUCGAAAUGCCUCUCAUCGAAAUGCUCAAGGAUUUAUACAGGCGAAGAAUGGAAAGAGAAGUUGAAAUGAUCAUAUCUAAGCCGACAACCUCAGAUGCAACGCAUUACGAUAUUUGUCCUAACCUAGAUUUAACCCUAUGGAGAUUCAACAUCGGGCUCGCAACUUACCCACAGCCUCCUGAAAAAGGCGUUCAGGCGGCCUCAAAGAAAAUCGAAUCGCCUCCGACUCAGAUACUGUUUGUCAACCAAACAAUGCCAGAUUUAUCAUCCCAUCAUGAUGUUCUCCAGAAGAUGUCUGAUGCCAUUAAACUCUUCAUCGUACAGGAGCUUGAGCGACUAGGGGUGCAGGACGAAGAUCAAGGACGUGCUGGAAUCGCAACCUACAACCUAGGUUACUGCUAUAUUGCUGGAAUUGGAGUCAAUGAGGACAUUGAGGUUGGAAUUAAAAAAAUGGAGCAAGCAGCGAAAUUGGGAUGUGAGCGAGCACGGAAGCAACUUCUCAGGUAUUACGCAUCUGAAAAGGUUCUUGAUAACCUCCAACAGACCAAUUUCGCUCUUUGGUCUGAGGAUAGUCUCGAGGAGAGGGACAAGCCUGCCCUCCGCAUGCUUGCAACCGUUGCACCGGACGUCCACUCACAUCUACGAGCACAAUGGGCCCUUGAUCGUGCUCUCGUGCUUGACAACGCAUCAGCAACCACCACCGUGGACCGCCCGUUGAUGACGUGGAGGGCCCAGCUACUCCACUUCGCAGCGUCAAAUGAUAUGCCCGAGCUUUUGGAACAGAUGCUUCAAGCUGAGCCAGCAAUUAUCAACGCCAAAAACCACUAUGGGCAGACACCUCUCAUUGCUGCGUGCCAGUCGGCAAAUCUCGGCAUUGCGCUGUAUUUGUUGAACAACGGCUCGGAUGUAAAUGCCCGGGACGAACAUGGGUUUACAGCAUCACACUGGCUGAUAUCAUUUUCCCAUGGUGAGAAGCAGACCAUUGCCACAUCGUUGGGGGCUGAAAACGUGGAUCCCAACGUAUAUGGGCUAUGGCCAGAGGCUUUAAAAGAAGGCCCACCGAAUCUCCACGGCGGACCGGCCAUUAACGGCGCACCCCUACAUUGGGCGAUAGCUUGCAGUGAUCUUGCUGCUGUAGAACUGCUUAUUGGCAUGGGAGCGUCCGCGUCUCAGUUGACGCAGUAUAGGCCAACACCUUUGGAAUACGCCUGCAGACUUAGUGAAGCUAGCAUCUUGCUCCGGCUACUGGAAGAUGCUGCCACGAAGCUAGCAGUUGCCGAGUAUCUUCCGCUACAAGGCUCUAGUGGUAUGAUCCAGAUCAAUGCUCUUUUCUGGGUAUUGUGUGGGACUUCUCAGCUGGCAAGAUUGAUAAGACACGGUCGUGACUUCGAUAAAAAGACCGAGCAGACGAUCAGGUGUCUCAUCGAAGCUGGAUGCUCCUGCGAAGGUGUUUUACUCGCUCAAUCAUCGAAAAUGUCAGCGCCAUUUGCGACUGCGUUUCAUCACUGCAAUGCCGAAAUCAUGCGCGCUGGGCUAGCUCAUGGCUUCGCACCGUACAUUGACACAACAUUUGGUAAAGCAGCAUCUGGGGGUCCAGCAAUGUCGCUAGCCCUUGCCCAUAGAGAUAGAAAGAUGUUUCAGUAUCUUUUGACAGCUGGGGCAUCGUUGACAUGGCGAAACUUGAAUAAACAGCCUCCAUUGUCAAUGGCAGCGAAAGAAACCGAUGAUGAAUGGUUUGCAGAACGGCUCCUAGAGAAGGGUGUCGAAUUGGAUGACACUGAAGGCCCUAUCACGGCUUUUUGGACUGCCGUCUACUGCGGGAACCUGAACAUGGCAAGAUUUCUCUGGGAGAAAGGGGCAAAGAGGGACAGCAGAAACAAACUGAAUGGAACAACAGUACUUGGCCAAUUGGUUGGUUUCCGAACACAAAACGCAUCAGAGAGAAUUCGAUUCAUCCUCGACCUCCCCGAUCGUGACGAGGGAGAUGGAUUUGAAGUCCUACAAUCCACCGACUACAACCAUGACAGGAUUUCUGCUUUGCACUUGGCAUGUAGUCCUUAUGCAUCCACCGCUCCCUUCACAGAAGAUCCUGAGACUGAAGAGGGAUGUAGACUAGUAUUAUCCCUCCUUCUGCGCAAAUUUGGAGCGCCUGAAUACGUCAACAGCACACUCGGACCACACCACGACGUACCACUCGGUCUUGCCGUCGAAAUCGGAAACCAUCACGCAGUUCGCCUCCUGCUCGAAGCCGGUGCAGAUCCUAAUGCCCAAGACGAGUACUCUCGUACACCCCUUGACAAGCUCUAUUGGCGCUACUGCUACCCGGCGACACUCGAUGUUCUUGUUGAAGUACGAGAUGACAAACGCAAGGUAGCUCAAAGACUCGCCUAUGUGAAUCGAAACACCUCAGAGGUCUUGAGUCUGCUGACCAGCUACGGUGCAAAGGCAAAUGUCUUCCGGUUUCCUUCGUGGCAUCAGUCAGAUCCGGGAUAUCGCUCGCCAGACUGGGUCCUAGCGAGGCUUCAAGAAAACGCUGAGAGGCCACCUGUUGAUCACACAACGCCUAUGUGGGGCGGUAUGCCGAUCUCCAUUCCAGAGCGUCCAAUGCAAUUUGAGGCCCGAAGGCGUCUGGCCGAGCAGCAGGAAGCUAAGAACGAGAAGGCACAGGCAUAA